UUCUCACUAAACUUCACAUUCUAGCAAGUGAAUUGAAAUCUUAACAUGAAAACUUUUGUGUUUUGUAUCAUAUACUUGUGUUGCGUUCUGCAUAGCAAUGGCACGGAUAUUCAUGAUACAUUUUACGUCGCAUCUCUAUCUCACGAUCAAAUUGUGAAGAACCAACAAGGGAAACCAUCUUUCCACCUCCGGCCUCCACAUAACUGGAUAAACGAUCCUAAUGGUCCGGUGUAUUACAAAGGAUUCUAUCAUUUAUUCUACCAGUACAAUCCGAAAGGUGCCGUUUUUAAGAAACCAAUCGUAUGGGGGCAUUCUGUCUCCCGUGAUUUAACCAACUGGAUUCAUCUCAACAACGCCCUCGUCCCAACUGAUCCAUUCGACAUCAACAGUUGCUAUUCAGGUUCUACAACAAUCCUUCCAGGAAACAAACCGGUUGUUUUGUACACUGGACUCGACGCUAAUAAUCAACAAGUUCAGAACCUAGCAAAGCCUAAAAACUUAUCAGAUCCUUUUCUUAAAGAAUGGAUAAAGUAUUCUGGUAAUCCUUUAAUGACUCCGCCGAAGGGGGUUACACCAGAUAACUUUCGCGAUCCCACUACAGCUUGGAAGGGCAAAGAUGGGAAUUGGAGGGUGGCUGUAGGUGGUCUGAGAGGUAAUCUAGGAGUCGCGAUUCUAUAUCGCAGUAAAGAUUUUGUUCACUGGAUUUUGCAUGACGAUCCACUUUAUUUUGGGAUGAAUACUGGGAUUUGGGAGUGUCCAGACUUUUAUCCUGUGUCUGUCAACAGCAGACAUGGGCUAGAUAAUUCAGUGAAUGGGAAGAACAUAAAGUAUGUGCUGAAAGCGAGCUUUCAAUCACACGACUACUAUGCAAUCGGAAGCUAUGAUUCUAACAAGGACAAGUUUGUGCCAGAAAGUAAAGGUCUUACUGGAAGUACCUCAGACUGGAGAUAUGACUAUGGAAAGUUUUAUGCAUCAAAGACAUUUUACGACAGUGUGAAGAAGAGGAGAAUACUGUGGGGUUGGAUUAACGAGUCGGAUAGCUCAUCUGAUGAUAUUAAGAAAGGAUGGGCUGGAAUCCAGUCCAUCCCUCGCCAAGUGUAUCUUAGUGACGCUGGAAGGCAGCUAGUACAGUGGCCCAUUGAGGAAACUGAAAAAUUGCGCGAGAAGCAUGUUACUUACUCUAACAAGAAGCUCAAAGGAAAAUCAUUAUUUGAAGUUACAGGCAUCACAGCCUCACAGGUUGACAUACAACUGUCCUUUAACCUGCCCAAAAUAGAAGAGGCCGAGGUUUUCGACCCGAAGUGGGAUGAUCCUCAAACUCUAUGUAGUACAAAGACAGCAAGCGCCAGUGGUCGAGCAGGGCCAUUCGGCUUAUUAGUUAUGGCUUCUCAAGAUUUAACCGAACAAACUGCAGUCUUCUUCCGUGUAUUUAAAGACAACCACAAGUUUAUUGUUUUAAUGUGUAGUGAUCAAAGCAGGUCUUCGCUGAGAGAAGGGAUUGAUAAAACCACAUAUGGAGCUUUUAUACACAUGGAUCAUGAAGAUGACAUGAUCUCACUUAGGAGCUUGGUAGAUCAUUCGGUGGUUGAGAGUUUUGGAGCUGAUGGAAGAGCAUGCAUUACGGCUAGAGUGUACCCGCACUUUCAUGUUAAGAAAGAAGCUCAUUUAUAUGUGUUCAAUAAUGGAAGUAAUGACGUAGUUAUCAAAACAUUAGAUGCUUGGAAUAUGAAGAAGACCAAAGGUAACUAAUAAGAAGAAACCAGAAUUAAGAGUUUCUUGUAGUGGUUAUAAAUGUGGUGUGUAGGUUUAAAUAAGGUACACGGAUCGAACUUGUUUAGCUAUAUAAUCAACAUGCUCAUGGUAUUGUAUACAAAGUAGAUCGACUUAUAUCCU